AUGAUCGAAACUGGAGGGAUUGUGGUACUUCUCAGUUUGAUGUGUAAGAAUCACCAAAGUUCACACUACCAUACUAUAGUGCAGAGGCCAGUAUCUGACCCAGUCCAUCCAGGACACUCUGUGACUCUGCAGUGUACAGUACUCUCUGAGACCUGUACAGGAGAACACAGUGUGUACUGGUUCAGAGCCAGAUCAGGAGAAUCCCAUCCAGGAGUCAUUUACACCUCUGCGAACAAGAGUGAUGAGUGUAAGAAGAGCCCUGAGACUCCCCCUCCUACACAUAGCUGUGUCUUCAGCCUCUCCAAGAACAACCUCAGUCUCUCUGAUGCUGGGACUUACUACUGUGCUGUGGCCAUAUGUGGGGAGAUCAUGUUUGGCAAUGGAACAAUCCUGAAUAUUAAAAAAGCAACAGAUCCUGUAAUCAUUGCUCUGGGAGUGACCGCGGCCGUCUGUGUGAUUGGGAUCAUUAUCCUCCUCUGCACCAGACAUACUAGACCAGUUUGUGAACAUUGUAAAGUGGGUGCUUCUCAGCAUAUCGGACAUGACAACUCAACUAGAGAAUCAAGCAGCAAGGAUCAAGAUGCAGAUAGCCUGAAUUAUGCUGCAUUGCAUUUCUCUGAGAGGAAAACUAAAAGAGGAAGAAAGAAGAGAGAGACACCACAGGAGAGUGUGUACUCUGAUGUCAGGUGUUCAGACUGGGACUGAACGACAGUGCAGAGGAAUACAUUUGUCAAAAAUCUAUUUUUUAAUUGCUAUUAUAUACUUUGUCAAGACAAAAAGCAACACUCUUUUUGUAUCAUAGAGCUCCAGGGUUUUUCUCAUCUCUGCAACCAAGAACCAAAUCUCAUUGCUAGACUAAUGUGAGUAGCAGAAUCAAGACAGUCUCUUUCCUGUAUUUUAUUGUUUGUGUUUUCACUUAAUUCACGAAUUGAUCUCAAUUGUUGUUGUAAUGUUAAAUUAACCUUGUGAUAUUUACCACAGCAUUUCUUGAGUUCAAAUUUGAAUUUAUGAAUCUGUUGAUGUACAGUAUAUUUUGCUUUAUUACAUUACAAAAUGUACCAUUGCACAUUAAAACACAUUUCACCAGAAAAUAUUGUUUCCAUGUGAACCCAGUGCAGUCUCUCAAAGUUAUAUUAACAAUGUCAUAAUG